CUGUGGACAGAUGGAUGUGGCGUGCCUCCUGCGUCACCUCAAAACAAAGAGGAAGACUUUUUUGCAUCCCAUGUUUCUCCUAAGAAUACAGAGUCGGUGUUAUCAAAGCCAGAGCCAGUUUCUCUACAGCAGAAAACUUCAGAAACUAUUUCAGAAUGCUAUGAAGGACCAGAACAUGGACCAAGCGUUGAUUGCCUUAACACGUCACCAAAAGCUGCAUUAGAGAACACCACCUUCAUAAAAAAGAAGCCAAAUCAAGCUAAGAAGGUGCUUGGUGCCAAAAAAGGUGGUUUGGGGGCACAAAAAAUGAGCAGCCAAAGCUUUAAUGAGAUUGAAAAACAAGCACAAGCUGUAGAUAAAAUGAAGGAACAAGAUGAUCUUCACAGCAGUAAGAGAACUGAGAAGGAAGAGCCACUUGUAUCAUCUUUACGGUUGGCCUACAGAGAUCUUGACAUUAAAACAAGAGAAGAAAAGUUAAAUCUAUCUGGUAAGAAGAAAAAUGAGUUGGAGAGACUUGGCAUAGGAUUUGGCAGCAACAGAAGUGGCAUUUCUCACUCGGUCACCUCAGAUAUGCAAACAAUAGAGCAGGAAACACCUGCAAUUGCAAAGCCGAAGAAAAAGUACAUCGAUGAUGCAGAAGACUCAUAUUUCUCUUCUAGUUCAAGGUACUACGAUUCUUCAGAUUUGAGGAGCAGCACUUUCUCUAAAUGGGAUGACAACUCAGAUUCUUUUUGGAAGAAAGAAAAUAACAGUAGAGAUGUUGAUGUAAUGUUAACUUCAAAAAGUACAGGAUUUUCAGACAGGCCUGCGUCUCGUCGUAAGCCUGAAUAUGAACCAUCUUUAAAAACAGAUGAAGCACAAAAAAAAUUUGGCAAUGUAAAAGCCAUUUCAUCAGACAUGUAUUUUGGAAGGCAAGAUCAUGCUGAUUAUGAAGCAAGGGCUCGACUAGAAAGGCUUUCUGGAAGCUCGUCUAUAAGUUCAGCUGACUUGUUUGGAGAUCAGAAAAAACAACCAACAGGAAACUACAAUAUUACAAAUGUCUUGCCUUCAGCUCCUGAUAUAGCUCAGUUUAAACAAGGAGUGAAAUCAGUGGCUGGAAAACUUUCGGUACUUGCUAAUGGGGUCAUGACAUCUAUACAGGAUCGAUACGGUUCGUAACAUCUUUUAUAUCAACAGAACUAAGUACACUAAAGAAGGAUUUCUCUUCAGAUAUAAAAGUGAUCACACUGCUGAUUCGAAUGAAGGUUGCCUUAACACUGUUGAUGUUUAUUCCUUGUGCCAGCAUAUUUGUUCCUGUGUGCAGCUUUCUGGCUCAGCCUCUUCGUACUGCUCUUUAAUCUUCAC